AUGUCCAACCGAAGCACCGUGACCGAGUUCCUUCUCCUGAGAUUCUCUGACGUCCGGGAGCUGCAGAUUUUGCACGUUGCGGUGUUUCUAGUGAUUUACCUGGUAGCCCUGAUGGGGAACCUUCUCAUCAUCUCAGCCAUCAUUCUCAGCCAUCAACUUCACACCCCCAUGUACUUCUUCCUGGUCAACCUGUCCAUCCUUGACCUCGGCUCCAUCUCUGUCACUGUCCCCAAAUCCAUGGCCAACUCCCUCCUGGACACCAGGGUGAUUUCCUACCCUGCCUGUGUCACCCAAGUCUUUCUCUUUGUCGUCUUCACUUCAACAGAUCUUGCCCUUCUCACUGUCAUGGCCUACGACCGACACGUCGCCAUCUGCCAGCCCCUGCACUACGAGAGAGUGAUGAACAGGAGAGCCUGUGUCCACAUGGCCGCCAGUGCCUGGAUCGCUGGUAUUGUCUAUUCUGCCCUGCACACUGGGAACACCUUCCGGUUACCCUUCUGCCAGUCCAACGUCAUCAACCAGUUCUUCUGCGAUAUCCCCCAGCUACUUGAGCUGUCCUGCUCUGACUUGGACCUCAGUGACGUUGGGCUUAUUGCCUUUGGUGUGCUUUUAGGUUCAAAUUGCUUUGCUUUCAUCCUUGUGUCUUACGUUCAGAUCUUCAGAGCGGUGCUGAGAAUCCCCUCAGAGCAGGGCCGGCACAAAGCCUUCUCCACCUGCCUCCCCCACCUCACAGUCGUCUCCUUGUUACUUUUCACCGGUGUGUUUGACUACCUGAAACCUCCCUCCAGCUCAGAAUCUAAUCUGGAUCUGGCGGUAGGUGUUCUCUACGCCGUGGUGCCUCCCAUGGUGAAUCCGGUCAUCUACAGCCUGAGGAACAAGGAGAUCAAAGCAGCCCUGAAGAAACUGACGGGGAGGAGGAUAAUCUCCAGGAAGUGA